AUGAGAGAUUUGACAGCUGAAAUUACUGCAGAAAUCUUCAGGAGACUCCUGCUGUGCCCUGUAGAGGUGACACUACCCUUAAAUCAGUGUACACAGCCCCUUUGGAGCAGGCGGUGGCCGCGGGCAGGGUCGAGAGGUGCUGCGGGGAAAAUCCGAGCACGGAAGCCCUGUGUGGCCCCAGGGAGGACAAGAGGGAAGUAUGUAAUGGUGAUGGGUGUGGUGCGGUCCUGCAGUCCAGAGCCCAUUCUUCGAGCAAUAAAGAUGACAGAUCUCUCUGAAAACCCCAUCCAUAAGAACAUGUGGAACCUUGAAGUGGAGGAUUUGCACAGAGUCAUCCCCUAAUACUUUUACUUUCUGCCUAAAAGAACUGGAAAUUUGUUUUCUUUUGCUUUUUGGUGCAGGGCAUUGGACUAUUCUGUGUAACCACUCCUGGAGUACACCAAAGUGAGAAGUUUGGCUCAGUUAAGCAUAGGGACCAGUGCUUAUCUGAUAAUAAUCACAGUUCAUGUCUCCAGUCUCUUUUUAUACCAGCAUAUCUGAGAAGUGCCUAUUUGAUGUUUUAAUUAAGAUGUCCACACUAUUAAAAAGGCUGUAUGUUUGUUUGUGUGUGUUAGCUGCUGUUUGGGGGAGCAUGUGUUGGGGCAUUUGUUCUACAGCAGGGUGUUCGUGGCAGCAAGGGCUGCACAGGACUCGUGUUACCUGGGUGAACUCAGUGCUUGGCAUCAAGGCAAAAUGUGUCUCAAUCCAUUUAGGCUGUGCUUGGAAAUAAUUGUUUGCACCUGUAUUUUCUAUUUUAGUAAUCACCAUGUCUGUAAACUACUUGUAAGACAGGUGUCUCUUGGUAACAAUUAGUAUCUCGUACUUAAAAUACCUCUCUAGUUUCUGAAAUACUGAAAGUGGUAAUGACCCCUCUGUUCUAAUGAAGUGAAGUUAAUGAAAAGAUGUGAUGCAGGAUUCCUUGGAAUAGGUUCUCCAGGUGCAAGAUGUAAAUACUUUUUACCUCCAGAAACAAGCAUUCUGUCCCUAAGUGCAUUUUUCUUUUGAAGGUUUUUUUGCUUCCAGUGUAUGCUAUUUUUAUCUGUUUAAAUCAUUCUAUUCUAUUCUUAUCUUUCCUUUUCUGAAAAAAACAAACUAUUAAAUCUCAUCAAGUAACCUAUAAAAAGUAGAAAUAUUA